AGUAAUUACUGAUAUUGGGCAGCAUUUGUUGAUCAAAGGUGGGCUAUCAGAUAAGAAUAAACAAUGUGUGUGGGAGAAGAUGCGAGAAUUGGGAAGAUUGAUUCACAAUGCCAGGAAAGUCAACUCCUUAAAAACACUAAAAGACUGUGUAAAUCCAAAGAAGUACAUGGAGACUGUUAAAGCUGUCAAGUAUACAUGUGGGUAUGACAGUGAAAACGACAAAUUCUUGAUUCCAUCACUUGCUAACAAGCUCGGGAAUUCCCUGGUUAAAGUUUGCAAACUCUUGAAAGCUCAGGGCUUAAUCUCCAAUGACAAACAGCUUGUGAAGAAUGCCAGUGAGUUUCAAGAAGUCCAUGCAAAUAAGUGGAACGAGAUGAUCUCUGCUACAGCAUUGAGGAAUAUCAGGGAAGCAAAGUGGAAUGUGCCCACGUUCAUGCCCUUUACUGAAGACGUACAAAAACUGCAUACUUUUCUCAGUCAAGUACAAGAUGAGUGGUUCAACCUGCUCUCUGAAAGUCCAUCUUCUAAAGCCUGGAUGGACCUGGCCAAGGUUGUCUAGCUCAGAUGAUUCUCUUUAACUGGCGGAGAGAAGGAGAGGUGGCGAGCAUGCCUUUGUCUGUGUUUUUAUCAAGAGACACUUCUGAUCCAAAUGAGGAUGUGGACUGGGGUCUCUCGGAAGUGGAGAAGAAACUCUGCAGACACUUCACAAGGGUUAUCACCAGGGGAAAGCGUGGUCGGCCCGUUCCAGUCCUUCUGACUCCAAAAAUGCUGUGUUUCUUAGAACUCCUUGUUAAGCAGAGAGAGGCGUGUGGGGUUUUAAAAGACAAUGCCUAUAUGUUUGCUAGACCAGAAGCCAUGACACAUUUCCGAGGGUCAGACUGCCUCCGUGGCUUUGCAAAGGCUUGUGGUGCAAAGUGUCCCAAGGCACUGACAUCUACCAGGCUGCGUAAGCAUGCCGCGACCCUUUCAACAGUGCUGAACAUGACCGACACCGAGAUGGACCAGCUGGCAAACUUUCUCGGGCACGACAUCAGAAUCCAUCGUGAGUUCUAUCGACUCCCUGAGAAGACCCUGCAACUUGCCAAGAUCAGCAAAGUUUUAAUGGCUCUUGAGCAAGGAAGAUUAGCUGAGUUCGAUGGCAAGAACUUGGAUGAAAUUAGGAUAGAUCCUGAUGAAAAAGUAAUUGACUGUGAUGAGGAAGAACAAGUUAAUGACUGUGAUGAGGAAGACAGGAGCAUACAAGAGGGACACAGUUCAUCUACUGUUGACUCUUCAGCCGAGGUGGCACUUCCUCCUACCGAGAGGAAUAUGUCACACAAAAGAGGCAAACCAUCAUCAGAAGAGCCGAUGCCUUCAGGAGCCAGUGCUAUGAGACCGCCUUGCAAAGCUAAAAGUAGCCAGAAGAAAUCUCCCUGGCAGCAGGCAGAGGUGCAGGCGGUGGAAAGGCACCUGAAGUCCUUCAUCAUAUCUGGCACUGUACCAGCAAAGAGUGACUGUGAGAAAUGCUUGAAAGCUGAACCAGAAGCUCUGAGGAACCGCGAUUGGAAGACCGUAAAUUUUAUGUUUAUAAUCGCAUUACUGUAA